AUGAAUUCAAUUGAAAAUAAUAAUAAAAUUUGGUUAAUCACCGGAACAUCAAGUGCAUUAACUAGUAAACCAGAAGAGAUUAUAAAAGAGAUUAAAUUUGAAAAAGAUAAUUUAUUAAUUGUUAAAACUGAUAUUACAAACAAUGAAUUAGUAAAGAAUGCAGUGACUAAUAAACAAUUUGGUAGAAUUGAUGUAUUGGUUAAUAAUGCUGGUUAUGGUUUAGUUGGUGCAAUUGAAGAAUUAUCAGAUUCAGAGGUUAGAAAGAUAUACGAUGUAAAUGUAUUUGGCGUUUUAAAUUUAUUAAGAAAUUCAACACCAUAUUUUAGAAAACAAAAAUCAGGUUUAAUAAUUAACAUUUCCUCUCAAAUGGGUUGGGAUAGUAUGCGAAAUUAUUCAGCCUACAGUUCAACUAAACAUGCAGUUAAUGCAAUUACAUUAUCAGCACAAAAAGAGUUUAAACCAUUUGGUGUAAAUAAGGACUAUAUGUAUUUUAUGGGCCAUUGGCAAGUAAUUUUGAUUUUCAACAUUAAAUGGAGUAAUGGUUUUUUAAUUAAUAAUUUCAAUCCAUUUUCUGCUUAUCUUUAUGAUAUGAAUAAUGAUGGGAUUGGUGAUAUAAUGAUAAAUAGGGGACAUAUAGCAAUCGAUAUUAUUUAUGGUAGUAGAGGUCCUUUUACCUCACCAUAUAUCCCAGUUUAUGAUGGUGUCAAAAGUACCAGUUUCAGCUUUUUAGGUUGCUCAAUAGAUACUAAUACUCUUCCAAAUGCUUUUGGAGAUUUUAAUAAUGAUGGACUUAAUGAUUUUGGUAUUCUUACAAGACUGACUUCGGGUGACCAAAUAGCUUUUUUGGUUUGGGGUAAAACAGAAUAUCCACCAACAACAACAUUAAGUAUAAAUCUAAAUCCAUCGGAUGGUUUGGUUAUAACAGUUGUUGGCAACACCUAUAACUGGGCUUUAUCUCCUAGAUUGGGGAUAUAA